AUGUGUGGUAUUCUAUGUCUUGUAUUGGAAGGAGGUGUAUCUGGUUUAACACCCUGUGUAGUCACGGGCCUGACAGAAGUGUACAACCAAUGGAUUGCCGGCGAUGAGUCGGUCGUAUUGACGGAAGCGAUGAGAACCAAGUUGGAUAACUUGGAACGCAUUCGGACGGCCACACAGAGAUUGAAAACCGUACGGAACGACGUCAAGGGGAAGCAUAGAGUAGAGAGAGAGAUGUUGGAGAAAGAAAUAGCAAAGCUAACUCUUGAAGGUUCAGAGUCAUUAUCAUCAUCAUCACCAUCAUCAACACCCCAACCUGCUGCACAGGCACCACUAGCUGGUCCAAUAAAACAAUUCAAAAGUCUAGAGUCGAGCAUAGCAGCUAGAGGUCCAGAUUAUGUAAGUCGUCAAGUGCAUGGGAAAUAUGCAUUAUUCUCGUCCAUUCUUUCGCUUAGACAACCGUUCACUUCACAACCAAUGCUGACUACUAAUGGGUUCAUUCUACAGUUCAAUGGAGAGUUGUACAAUGAAGAAUGCUUGGAGUCAUGCGAUACCAGCUUUAUAGCGUCCAUGUUAGCUGUGAUCCCUUCUGAAGCCCGACAGCAAGGUGUAAUUGAUCUUUUAAACCGUUUAAAGGGAGAAUUUGCUAUAAACAUAAUAGACAUUACAGAAGAUAUUGUAUACUUUGGAAGAGACCAGAUCGGGAAACGGUCUCUUCUUUAUAGGCAAGAGCAAGAUAGUCUUUUGAUUGGCUCAGUGGCCCACGAUAGUAGUUGGACAGAGUGUCAGAAUCGGAUUUAUAUUUAUGCUAAUGGUGUUAUUGACAGUCAGCCAUAUGAUAACUACAACAGUCCACUAGAUAUGGAUGUCUCGUUAGACAUUAUAGAAGAGACUCUUAAAAAAGCUGUUUCAAUUAGAACGUCCACUAUCCACCCACAGGUGGCCACGCCUUCUACGCUUGCAGUGCUCUUUUCUGGAGGGUUGGAUUGUACGGUGCUUGCAUAUUUAUUAGGAAACGAGUUACGGUGCACCAAUCACCAAAUAGAUUUGCUCACUGUUGGUUUUGAUAAUCCCAGAAUAAACCAAACAGCAUCUUCUUCACCAGAUAGGUUAUUAGCUCGGAAGUCUUGGGCCAAUUUAAGCAAAAUCUUUGCAGAAGACUCUGUUGUCUUUAAUCUAGUUGAGAUUAACGUUACUUAUGCCGAAUGGCUAACGCACAAAGAACGAGUCACCCGUUUAAUGGCGCCUAAUAAUACUGAAAUGGAUCUAAGUAUUGCCAUAGCCUUCUACUUUGCAAGUAAUAGUCGGUACCCCAGUGUCAAGACAACUUUAGUUGGAACUGAAGAACACUGCGUAGAGAAUUACAAGAGCACUGCUAAGGUGCUCUUCAGUGGCUUGGGAGCUGAUGAACUAUUUGCUGGUUAUUCUCGUCAUGAAGCACUCUUUCUGGAUAUAGCGGAAGAUUCCGAAGAUAAUAACGUUACUGAAAUGUACAAGGCAUUACAUGCUUCAUUGGUACAUGAUGUUGAUGUUAUUCACAAACGUAAUUUGGGCCGUGAUGACAGAGUCAUAGCAUGUUGGGGGAAAGAAGUUAGAUAUCCGUAUCUUGAUCCGGACUUUAUAUCUGUAGCCAUGGCUGUUAAUCCCCGGCAAAAGAUCACCUAUUCUUUCAAAACAGUGGUAACCAAAAAGUGUCUUGAAGGUAAACGAGUUUUGGUGUUGGAAAGAAAGCAUAUACUUAGACAAUUGGCCGGAAGAUUGGGGUUGGAAUGGGUAAAAGGGGAGUUGAAACGGGCCAUUCAAUUUGGUGCUAAGAGUGCAAAGUUAGAAGUGGGCCAAUCAAAGACAAAAGGAACUGAUACUUUAUAG